AUAGAGAUGGUAGUAAGGAUUGAGGAACUCUCUCUUCUUUCUCUAUCUCUUAUGUGUUUUUCUCUUCUCUUCCCUUAAAUGAGUGAAAAUUUGUAUUGAGAUCUGAAAUUAAUUAAGAACAUGGGGAGAAAACCUUGUUGUGAUAAAGUGGGAUUAAAGAAAGGGCCAUGGACAAUUGAGGAAGACAAGAAGCUGAUUGAUUUCAUCCUUAAAAAUGGCCAAUGCUGCUGGAGAUCUCUUCCUAAACUCGCGGGGCUUCUGAGAUGCGGAAAAAGUUGCAGACUGAGAUGGAUAAAUUAUCUAAGACCCGAUCUUAAAAGAGGUCUUUUAUCGGAACAUGAAGAGAAGAUGGUUAUUGAUCUUCAUGCUAUACUUGGCAACCGAUGGUCCAAGAUUGCUUCAAAUCUUCCGGGAAGAACAGAUAACGAGAUUAAAAAUCACUGGAAUACACAUAUCAAGAAGAAGUUAAAGAAAAUGGGAAUUGAUCCUCUAACCCACGAGAUUGAUCCUGACCAACUUCCUCAUCAAGAACUGCCGACGCCGCCACCGCCGCCGGAGGAGACGACAACAAUUGUACCAUCAGUUGAUGAAUCAUUACCAAGAGAUGAUCUGGAGGCCAAACAAAUGGACGGUCAUGUCUUUUUUGAAGAACUAGACACAUCAAUAUUAACGUUUGAUUCAAGCAAUGAGUUUUGUACAGAUGAAGUUCCCAUGAUUCAACCUCACGAAAUCCAAAUGGGACCCAUUUCUGGUUCUUCAUCUUCUUCCUCAUCUUCUUCCAGUAUGCUUGAAGAAGAACUAGGGCUGCCAUCUUUCGAAUUGCAAUGUGAUUUCUUGUGGGAAUAUGGAUUCAACAGCAGUUUGGAUUUCUUGAUUAGUGAUAUUGACAGAGAUUACAAUUUAGCCAUGGAAUCAUCUUCUUUCUCUGUUAAUGGUCAUUGCCCGAGGCUGAUGAUGGAUCAAGAUUCUUGGAAAUCUGAGCUGUUCUGAUCAUUUAAUAAUUUGGAGGGCUUCUUUGUAAAUCCAUAUGUAUAUGAAUAAGAAAAGAGACUAGGCAAAGGCCCUUCUCUUUAUGAGGUAUAUAUAUAAUUAAUAUCCUUAUUGCAUGAUAUUGUUACUUAUAAAUUAUAUGUAUUAUGAAUGUAUC